CAUCCGGCGCCUGGUGACCGCUAUCCAGGCUCUCUUACCUUUCAGUCUCGAGCUUCUAAUCUGUCAAUCAAAAUCCUUAAAUUCUUUGCGACAGAUUCAGUGCUUGCGAUCUCCUGCCAUUGAGGCUCCCCAGUCAACAUGGACGACCCGGCGAAUCGUGUUCCCGCGCAGCUGCUGCCGCAUAUGCACCUGGUGUCGCGGCAGCGCUACCCUCUGAUGCAUAUGAUGCCCACCGAUACUGUUGUCGAAUACCUGCUUGGCGCAUCGAAGGUCGUGCGCGAACAGCAACCCAUGCAUUGGACCUUCCUAGAUGCGCCCCAGGAUGGCUCCGUUAUGCUUACCUGGCAGCCACUCAACCAACUCGGAACCAAUUUCGCCAGUGAUGGAUAUGUCUGGGCCGACGUCGAACAAGCGUUUACCUUCGAUUCUCGCGGCUACACGGUCGAGAUGUGGUUACACCGUAGUGGAUAUCACCCCCCGAACGAGUCCGUGGCGAUCCAUUGCCGUCGGCGGUAUCGCCUGCUACCACCGAAGGUUCCCAACCCCAACCUACCUAAUCCCGAUCCCGCCUUGUGGAUCGUUCACUACACGAGAGCGCCUCCCCAAGAUCAUAUCCCUGCAAGCCGAAUUCCUGUCAUGCCUCAAGUGCAGAACAUGCUAGCUCAGCGACGCUUCCUGCAGAGCCAAGGCCAACUUGCCCGCAAGGACUUCAUGCUGCACGAUCGGAACAAUUGGCCAGCCAUCAACUUCCCUCCGCAUAUGGCGCCUCAGGGCUUCCCGCAGAUGCCUGGAGCGUAUCCGAGCGCCAUGGCCGGACGCCAGCCGUUCUAUCCUCCACCCGGACCGGGCGUGCCGCCUCCCGCUGCUGCUCCGCCGGCAAAGGCCGCCCGCGGUCAUCGCGCCUCCUCCACCGCUGUCACUGCUGCCACUGCCGAUUUCGCCUUGGAAGAUGAAGACGUUUCAGCUGGCGACACCAUGGAUCUACUCACACCCCGUGAAAUCAGCAAAGUGCGCUAUACGCAACAUCAUGAGUGGAUGGAAGAGAUCUUCGCCUCGCCCUAUGCCAUCCAUCAAAUCACACCUGUCUCUCUUGGUCUGGGCCGGAAAGGAGAACUCGAGUCGCUGACGGCUGGCUUCUUCGACGCGCCGGUUGGACCUCCCAAUGGAGAAACGAAAGAAGCCCCCACCCCCUCGCAGGCUGAGAAGUUAGAACCCGCCAAGGCCGAGGAGUUCGCUGACCGGGUCGCCAAGAAGGUCGCUGACAUGACGGCCGAGAUUGAAAAGUUGAAAAAGCGCCAUGCACGCCGAAUGGAGAAAUUCAACCGCACCUCUCUGCUCAAGGGCGCAGAACUCCGUCUCAGGGAAGCUGCGGCGGAUCCUGCAGAGACCGGGUCGGAACCAUGGAGAUUGGAAGGUCGCGUUGUGGUUCCCUCAGAAGAGGAUGACUCGCAAGCGCCGCAUGUCGAAAACCAGGCCAAGUACAAAGUCGACGAUAUUGUGCGGGAAGUGGAGAAAGUGUGGAAACGGCAGAUCGUACCGGAGCCCCGAGUUUCCUGCGUGCAGAAAGGUGGUCUGCUCGAGAAGAUCGAACCGGAGCACAAGCCCGAGGCUCAACCAGAGGGUGAUGUCGAUAUGGAAAAUGCGGAUAGCCACUUUUUGGACCAAUUGGGCUCGCCAGGAAAUGUUCCAGGGAUCUCAUCAACGAUCCAGGACGCCGGACAGGCCGGACCAUCACAUGUCCCUAACCAGUCUGUUGCGCCUGGAGCUAGUGGAGUAACUUCACAACCGUCCCAAGCGGCAGCGAACAUCCCUCAUCAAGGCCCCUCUACCUCUUUGGAUAUUGAGAUGGAUAUGGGCGACGUACAGCCUGCGAGUGCCGCCGGGGAGACUGGCGACUGGGUUAUGGUCAAUGAUGAGAAGAAGGAUCAGGCCGUACCUGGCGACAACUCUUUACCUGUUGUAGAUACUCCCGGCAGCGGCCUACAAGGAUUGACCCCCGGAAACGCAGGCAGUACCGGGGACAACGGUCUUGACGGAGCCAACUUUGAUUUCACCAACAUGGACAGCGCUGGCGACGCCCUCGCCGCCUACACCGAGCAAAAUGACGGGCUCGACCUCCCCGAUCUGGAGAAUUCCGCCUUCGGAGACGCUUUCCACGCGUCCGAUAAUGAAAAUACUCACCAUCACGAUGCGGACGACAUGUCGUAAAGAGGGGUAUCGGAGACGUCUUUGGUGGUUUCGGGAGUGCUUGGAUGUCUGAUAAUGAAUCGGUGUGGUGUUGUUGGUAUGGUUUCCACCAUUUGGCUUGGCGCUGGAUCUGUUUUCUUUUUGUUGUCUUCUGCUUCUCAGCCCUAUAUCAGGUCAAGGGGAGAGGCGGAGACUAGUGUAGACAUAGGAUUAAGCCUUUCCGUCUGCUUCACUGUGAAUCAAUCUGGUGGCAGACUUCUGAAUUUACC